AUGACCGCGGCGGGAGUCUCUCCGUCCAGCUCCCCGCGGCUUCCUAGCCCUCCUCCUUUAACUGAGGUCCAGAUUGGGCCUCAGUCGCCAUCGAUCGGCGAGCCCUUUGGAACGGAUGCAGAGCUGCUAGUGGGAGGAGCGGGUGACGAUGGCUCGACACGCAGAAUUCGGCCCGGUACUCGAGCCGCCGACAUGGCUUUUGGCCCGCCGCUGAUUCCCCUGUCGCAGCUCGAUUCUCCGUUCCAGCUUCAAGAGCACCUCAAAGCUCUAUAUCACCAUUUUACGAAACCCGAAGGAUCUGACACGGUGGUCCCAAUCAAUCGCCAGGUUGCGGUACAGCUAGCGGAGCCCCCCGAGGGAGUCGACCGAUCGCUUUGGCUUUAUGAGCUGUGUCGCUUCCUGACUAUGAAGGUUAAUAAUCUUAUCAUCGCCUUUUUCGCCGAAAGCCCGCCCUGCUCGUCGCAAACCUGUCCCGAGAUGCGAGCAUCCGAAUGGCAGUAUCUUUGCGCAGUCCACGAUCCACCCAAAUCAUGCUGUGCGAUUGACUACUGCUGCCACACGUUGGACUGGGCGACAAAUACCCUGACGUCGCCGAAAUACUUCCCAAGCCGACUCACCCUGGGCGCCGAGGGCGCCGGGGGCCCCCAGGCCAGCAUGAGACAUUUGACGAACAUCUUCCGCCGCCUCUAUCGCAUUUUCGCACACGCCUGGUUCCAGCACCGCGAUGUAUUCUGGGAAGUGGAAGGCCAUGAUGGCCUCUAUGUGUUCUUCAAAACGGUUUGCGACAUGUACAACCUCAUCCCGCAAGACAACUACACUAUUCCUCCCGAGGCCGAGGGCCCUGAUGCAGUCCAGCCAGCUGAACAGGAAGAAGUCGAGAGCAAGCGUUUGACUAUCUUGCGUAAGGAUGAAGAUCCGUUCGCCGAUCCAACCCUGGGCACUGGCGCAACUACUCGCCGUCACAAGCACAGUCCUUCAACUGGAUCCCGGGUCACGACCAUUGCCGAAGGUGCGGAAGAUUUGGAAGACAGUCCGGAGGACCCCUCGCCCUUGCGCGAAGCUCUUGCACAAUCCCCUGGACCACGCCCUAUCUCCGUUCUUGAGGUUCCAGCUCCGGUCGACACUGCUUCUGUCGCGGAAGAAGCCGCUGCCCAGGAAGGUGAACCUUCCGAGGAGCCAAUUGUGGACUCUGAAGAGCAGCCUUCUGAGCAGCCUGAAGGACAGACCCAGCUAGAGUCUCAAGAGCAGCCAUCCGAGGCGCCAGAGGAGCCAGAAUCCACGGAACAGCCUGAAACAGAGCAGCCCGAGGCCACGGAACCCGAGGCUGAGAAGCUAGACAACAGCGAGACUGAGAAGCUGCCCGAGAAUGUUGACACCGAAAGCGAACAAGUGGCAGCGCCACCUGACGAGCCUGAAACGAAGAAUGAACCCGUGUCAGAAGGUACUACUGCAUCGGACACCAAGCUUGAACCCGAGAAGGAGUCUUGA